UGUACUGUGUAGUCAGCUGCAAGCUCGUGGUUUAGCGGAAAUUUGUAUGAUAUUCUCCAGAUUGCAGAACUAAAGCAAUGGACCAGGAGCCAUCUACGUGGAUAAAAAAAGAGGAAACGGACGAAGUAAAAACAGAGUUACGCUUCAUGGCCCAAGUUUACCCAUUCAGCAUGAAUGUAAAAGAAGAGUUGGAGGAGGGUGCAAAUAAAGAGUCCAUUGAAGAUCCACUGGGAAUAUCAUGGUCCACUGAUUUUAUCAAGGAGGACCCUGAAUUAAAUUUGGAACUGAGUGUAACUGAGAAUAUUGUGGAAACCUCAACAAGAUACACAUCUGAUAGUGCAAGAUUGACUCAGUGUACUGGUGGGAGCAGUGGCAUAUCAUGUGAAGAAACUUGUCACCAUAGACUGGUCCAGGAUGAGUUGAUGAUAGACAUGGAGAAGUCAUCAUAA